GCACCCCUCGCGAUUCCGCCCGCGGCCAAGAUGGCGACGCUCUCCGAGCUGAAAGCAGUUUUAAAAGAUACUCUGGAGAAGAGGGGAACGCUAGGACAGGUAAGAGCGAGGAUCCGAGCGGAAGUCUUCCAUGCAUUGGAUGACCGAAGUGAACCCCGGCCGUCACUGUCCCACGAGAAUCUUCUCAUCAAUGAACUGAUUCGGGAAUACUUGGAGUUCAACAAAUACAAGUACGCUGCUUCUGUUCUCACAGCUGAAUCUGGCCAGCCUGAAGUUCCCCUUGACCGGGAAUUUCUUGUAAAUGAGCUGAAUAUAGUUGAAGAUUCUAGCAGCAGAUCAGUGCCACUUCUGUACGGCAUUGUAGCCCAGCUGCUGCAUGGUCACGAGGAAAAGGUCUCCCAGGCACUCCCCCGGCCAUCACCGUUGCCGUUUUCAAGGCGGAACCUCAGCAAGUCAUCUCAGCAAAGGAGCCAAACAGGCACUGGUGCGGAACCAGGACUGGGGGGGAGACACAAGACUUGAAGAUGCGUUUGCUUCACGGGGCCCACACAGAUGAAAUAAACUAUCGAGAGCUUUU